GUCACUCAGGGUGGAGUUGCAGCACUGUCCAAUCGGAGGCACUGUUGUGACGGACACAGCGACAGCGAGCAGAGGGUGGGACUUCCGUUCUGCAGCCGCUGCUGUCGCCAUCGUGGUAUCUGUGUCUGGAGUUUCUGGAUCCUGUGUCUGUACCUCCGUCGCUCUGUGACCGGCUACAGCCGGAGCCCCACUGCGCGGCGCUGCCCGUCUGGAAUCCCGACAUGGGGCUGGUGUCAUUUGAGGAUGUAGCUGUGGACUUCACCUGGCAGGAGUGGCAGGAGCUGGAUGCUGCUCAGAGGACCCUCUACAGGGAUGUGAUGCUGGAGACCUACAGCAGCCUGGUGUUUUUGGGGCACUGUGUCAUCAAACCUGAGUUGAUCUUCAGGCUGGAGCAUGGAUUUGAGCCAUGGAGCAUAGACGAAGCCUCACUCUGGAGCCUGCCAGGUGCUCUUAAAGUAUAUACCCCUAGUAACAGUUGCCUGGACAACCAACCAAGACAUGUGUGGCAAGUGGGAAGCACCAACAGUAAUCCAUCAAGUGAAGAGAUGGCUGAAGCAGAAAUGAAGAUUGGAAUGGAAAUCCAUCCAGGUGCAAAAUCUUAUGAAUGCAUAAAAACGAUUAACCUGACAUCACAGCACAGCAAGAGUGACACGUAUCACUCAAGUGUGAAACCUUAUGAGUGGAAGAACUGUCAGAAUGCUUUCUGUUAUAAUUCAGCACUCACAGAACAUCAGAGAACUCAUACCAGAGAGAAGAUCUAUCAAUGUACUGAAUGCUGGAAAGCUUUUCCCUCCAAGUCAGAACUUACUACACAUCACAGAACUCAUACAGGUGAGAAACCCUAUGAAUGUGAAGAGUGUGGUAAAGCUUUCUACCGCAAGUCAACUCUCACUGUACAUCAGAAAAUUCAUAGAGGUGAAAAGCCUUAUGAAUGUAAGGAGUGUUGGAAAGCUUUCUAUUAUAAGUCAACCCUCACAGAGCAUCAGCGAAUUCAUACAGGAGAGAAGCCCUAUGAAUGUAAAGCAUGUGGCAAAGCUUUUUUUUACAAAUCAAACUUAACUCGCCAUCACAGAACUCAUACAGGUGAGAAGCCUUAUGAAUGUGAAGAGUGCAGGAAAACGUUCUCCUCCAAGUCAGAACUUACAGCACAUCAGAGAACUCAUACAGGCGAGAAGCCCUUUGAAUGUGACAAAUGUGAUAAAGCCUUUUUCUGCAAGUCAACCCUCCGUGUACAUCAGAAAAUUCAUACAGGUGAGAAGCCAUUCGAAUGUAAAGAAUGUCAGAAAUCUUUCUAUUAUAAGUCGACCCUCACGGCACAUCAGAGAACUCAUUCAGGUGAGAAGCCCUAUGACUGUAAAGAAUGCGGCAAAGCUUUCUUCUAUAAGUCACAGUUAACUCGCCAUCACAGAACUCAUACAGGUGAGAAGCCUUAUGAAUGUGAAGAAUGUAGGAAAGCCUUCUCCUCCAAGUCAGAACUUACCGCACAUCAUAGAAUUCACACAGGUGAAAAGCCCUAUGAAUGUAAACAGUGUGGUAAAUGUUUCUGCCGCAAGUCACACUUAACUCUCCAUCAUAGAAUUCAUACAGGUGAGAAACCUUAUGAGUGUAAAGAUUGUAGGAAGGCUUUUUUCUGCAAGUCAGGACUCGCACGACAUCUGGGAAGUCAUAAACAUGGUACCAACAUGAAAAAGAGAGAAAAAUGUUUUCCUCCAACUCACACCUCAGCCAACAUCAGAAAUAUCAUACAGGUGACAAACCCCAUGAAAAUAAAUAAUGAAGUAAGACUUUCUACUGUAAGUCAGCCCUCAUUGCAUCCCAGGGAAUUCUUAGAGUUGAGAAAUCCUAUAAAUGUACAUAAUACAGGAAAUCUAACCUUCAUAACACACCUCAUACAAUAUGAGUAAACUCAGAUGAGACACUCUAAGAAUGUGAAGAAGGCAUGAAAGCUUACAGUAAGAGUACUCAACAUCAGAGAAUGCUUGUACAUGAGACCGAAGAAAGCAGAGGAUGCAUGAAGACUUGCUGCUACAGGGAGACCUUCCUCAUCAGAAAACCCAUGUUCUUAUGAGACAGCAAAUCUGUAGAGAAUGUAGGAAAGCUCUCUACUUUUAAUUUCAACAGUAAAAAGCUUUCAAUAUGUCAAAUCUUAGUUGGUGACACAUGCAGAAGAGCAACCCUGUGAAUAUAAAAAAUGGGAAAUUUCCAAAGUAGAGCAAUCAGCUGAUGUGGCAAAACUCAAGAAAAUUAAGGUUUCCUAUUAAAGAACAGAAAAUUCUCAAAAGAUUUUGAUAAGUUGUCAGUCUACACUCUACAUCAGCCAAGUCAUGCAGGUGAGAGACUCCAUACAAAUAACAAAUUUGUUACACACAGUGGUACUUGUUUAAUCCCAACAUUUAGGUGAUUAUGCCACAUGCUUAUUGGGACAUUAGAGAUUCAAGGCUAGAGACAUCAUAUCUUCUCCAAUUAUCGGUGAGCCUGGGUUGUUACAAAAUUAUGCAUAGAAAUGCAACAUAUUUGAGAGGUGGUGCUGAGGCAUGAUGCACUGGGAUAGGACACAUACCUCGUAGGUGGCAUGGCUUCUCUUGUGGGCCUGCUGAAGACUAAAUGAUAUGUGGUCUCUGGUUUCUUAUCUAGAAAGAGGAAAGAUGCUGUAUUUCCAGCUGGUUAUUUCAGUGUGGCAAUGAGUGGCUUAGGAGACAACAAUGCUUGUUCUCUGAUCAUCCCUAGAGAAGUGAUCGUUAAGAGGCCUGUGUAGUUAAUACCACACUUCCCAGAUGUGGAAGGUGAUCCAGGGCCAAAGCCCACAAUAAUGUACCAAGCAAAUGUUAGAGUAGGAUCAAAUAUUCUAUCCCAACACAGUGUUGGUGGCAGUAGCCCUGUACCAGUUUGGUAUAGUUACAGGAAUUAGCCACAGGCUGACCUGUCCCAUCAAGAAGACUCAGAUCAUACUCAGGAGGUGGAGGGCAUUAUUCAUUAUUAUGUGAGGGCCUUAGUUUGGGAAAAACAUUUGCUCUAAAGAAACUGAGACCCUGACAAGAAAUACAAACAGGUUUUUAUAGGAUUUUUCACAUUAUCCCUUGCAGUAAUCAUAUUGGUGGGUUUGAGACUUCCAGCACAUGCCCCUUAGGUUAUUAGAGGAAAUUUAAAGGGUCAGCAUUUUAUAAAGAAGCAGAUAUUUUGGGCAAGUGUGGGGUAACUUCCCAGUAAUGUGAUGCUCGUACAGUCUUAGCUAUCUUAACAAAUGAGACACAUGGCAGCAGGUGCUUCCUGAAAGACCAUUGCAAGAGGCAACAUUCUCCAAGGUCUCAUGGAUUGGUUUUGUAGUAGUUGUCUACCCUGUCUUAACUCACCCUAAAACUGAGCUCACUAUGGCCUUUAUGAUUUGAGUACAAAUAGAAGCUUCCAGAGUCCUAACUGCUACUUCUACAUAUAACAACAAGCAUACUUAGGAGUACAUGAGGUCUUUGUCAAAUACAUUUAGUAUGUACCUCAUCUACCACACAGAACAAAGAUAUGCUGAGGUCAGACUUCAUUCGUGUCACAUUAAGUUAAUUUUCUUCACUUUAGCCAGAAAUACAUAGUCUGAUGUCAAGGGACAGUGCUGUAAGUAGCAGAAGAGAAAAAAGAUUCACUCCCAUUUUCCAGCUCUGAGAGGGAAUCUAAGUGAUGGUCACCGUUUAAAUGAAUCCUCAGCCCAGAUGAGUGUGGCAGUACAAGAUGAGUGUGUCAGUGGGAGGUUGGGAGUGUGUCAGUGGGAGGUUGGGGCUCAAAGAAGACAAUGGAGUUAGAACUUACUACACAUCCUAUUUUGCUAUUUUAGAUCCCUCUAAGUCAAAAGCACAGUAAUCCUCCUUCCAGUCUUUGCCACCUUUUCCAUGUCACUUGAUUAUUCCUCCACUGCAGAGACUAGAGCAAGAGACUUGAAGUCCUGUGCUUAGACUGCAUUUGGGUAAGAGUUACUGAUUUCAAAAGGUAACAUGUUGAGAUAUGUUUAGAAACAGUUACCAUUUGCAUUAGUAGCUUCUUGUUUUGUUUUUGAGACAGGGUCUUCCUGUAGCCCUAGUUGGCCUGGAACUGACUAUGUAGACCAGGCUGGCCUCAAUCUAAUAGAGAUCCCCCUGUUUCUACCUCCCAAGUGCUGAGACUAAAGGCCUAUGCCACCACCUCUGGCUACAUUAGUAGCUUUUUACAAGAAUUCUUGCAAUAUACCCUGAAGGAGUGGAGUAAGAAAGUUGGAGGGAGGCAGCUAAGGUCCCAGGAACUCCCAACAUCCAGGUAGAUGUCCAGGAAACAAGUUAGUGAUUUUUUUUUUUUUUUUGGUGUUUUUGAGACAGGGUCUCCCUGUAGCCCCAGCUGUCCUAGAACUCACUAUGUAGACCAGGCUGGCCUUGAACUCACAGAAGUCUGCCUGCCUCUGCCUCCCAAGUGCUGGGGAUUAAAGGAUUGUGCCACCAUGCCCGGCUAAGUUAAUGUAUUUUUAAUGCAGCAUUCUUAUGGGCCUUGAAUAGGCACCUAAGUGUGCAUGUUCAUUAUCACUACUGUGGUGGCACAGUACUCUUCCUUUCCUUGGCACCUUCCUUACUGAUUUGGAGAUGCUGGCCACUCAUGAAUGAUUAUAUGGAUGUGAGUGAUCCUGAAGUCAGAGCUUUGAGAGAAGGAAUCUUACUGAGGCUUAGGAGAGAGCACCACUGCUGAGCCUCCAAAUCUCAGCACAUAGACAAGUAAGCCCCUUCAGCAGAAUCUCAGAACUGAGAGUGUGGCCUGGGAUUUUAUUGUCUGUUUUUCCUGAGUGACGUAGUCUAGACAUAAGAUACACAUCACCCAGUUGUUAAAGCUUCUGAGGUGAAGUGCUUGACUGCAAAGAUGUGUAAUAUUUUCACCAAGCUGGAAUCAACCCCUAAGUGUGGGUGAAUCAAAGGAAAUGUGUGCCCACCUAGUCCAAGAGAAAUGUAGAUGGCCAGUAUGUGAGUCCUGAUGUUCCCUGCCUGUAUUCAGAGAGGGUUUGGGUUUAUGAUCCAGUUUCUGUGUUUUUCAGCCCAAAGCCCCACAUUUUGUCACAUACAUCGGGCUACACAGGAUCCUGGACAGAGUGCAAAUGGUAGAGGGUGGAAUGGGAAUUAGUGAUGUUGGGGAUUUUAGUCGACUUUGCUGCUUGUGUAACAUGGUAAUAUCAUGAUGCUUAGAAAAAUGUAGAUGAUGUGCAUCUGUGUCAUAAAGUGCGGGGGAGUGAUGGGAAGGUGGUAAUCACUGACUGCCAGGGAUCAACAUGCCUGUGCCCACACCUGCACUGUCCAUUUGUUAAGAGUGUCUAGAUACAAAUUAUAAAGGCCAAAAGAGGUCUUGUGACGGGACUAGAAACAGACAACUAAACAACUAAUGGGAGCUUUUAAACUCAAGAUGGAGCAUAGUUUAUAUUAUAGGUUGUAUGGCAGGGUCUAUUUUAAGUAAAAAUUCUGGGAGACCAUCACCCUGCACCUGUCUUCACAGGUGUCAUCGGCCUUCUGGAGUAUGAAGGCAAAUCUCACAAUGAAUAAGUAAAUGUGAAACCUGAGAACAGUUGAAGGUGUGUUUUUAAAAACUGAAAUUGAAUGAAAUGAAUGUUUCUCUAGAACUUAUGACAUUAGAAACAAAAGCAUGUCAGAGGCAGAUCAGUAGAAUAAUCCACUCAGAGAAAGUGAAAAACACUUGAAAAAAAUUAAAAAGACUUAGUGUGGGCUAAAUGAAUCCCAGGGAAACAAGAGACAGAAAAUAUAAGAAUGCAAAGAGCUGACAGUACAAAUUGGCAGGACAUCUGCUUUUUCAUACAUGCAGUUUAAACAACCACCCAUUAAUAAAGUACAUAUAAAAUAUAUGUAGGUUCCCCACACUUAAUACUAGUAAGUUCAAAGAUGAACAAACUAAAGCAUCCAGGAAAAAACACAUUUUAAAUAGGGACUGUGAUAAGCAUAGUAAUAUGACAACAGUAGAGAGCUUUUCAAUAGGGUUAUACCUCAAGUGCACAGGAAACACAAAGGGGAAAGUGAGGUUAUGUAUUCAUCAGUAUUCCUUCAAGAGUGACAUAGGAGACAUUAAAAUACAAGUCUCUAUGGUAUUCACAAAUGUGACAGAAUAGUACAGUGAAGUGCUGUUCGGUCUCUGAGUCCCAGAGGGCUAGUAAUACCCACUGAUAGGGUAGUAAAUUUGUAGAAUGUUUGGCAGUUCCUUUAAAAUUAAGUAUAUGUCUCCUGGGUCUGUUGAUACCCACCUUUAAUCCCAGCCCUCAGGAGGCAGAAGCAGGCAGAUCUCAGAGUUCAAGGCCAGCCUAGUUUACAUAGUGAGUUCCAGGCCAGCUGGGGUUACAGGGAGACCAUGUCUCAAAAAGACCAAAAAAAUAAAUAAAAUGCUGGUGAUGGAAAUUUAAAAGCAUUUUUUACAGGUGCAAAAACCAAAAAAUUCCAUUAUUCAGGUGUUGAUAAAUGCUGGUAAGUAGAAUAAAUAAAUAGAAAAUAAUCCAGUAAAAAAGUAACAAUCUUUAAAAGACUGGAUCUAAUGCAUAGUAGAGCACUUGGCUGAUGUGCAGAAGGCAGUGAGUUUCAUACAAGAUUCAUGGUGAGCAGGAGAGAGAUUCCAAUGGAGCCUUGUGAAGUGGGAGAUAAAGAAGUAUGAAAUGCGUUCCUGCAAGUGAAGGAAGUGUCAUACCAGUAGCUUUGCCUUACAAAAUAAUGUUUAUAUUACAUUACAAUGAGCAGACAGUGGUCAACGGUAACCACAAGAAGCCUACAAAUGGACCUGUACGAGACGGUGUAUACAAGAUGAAAUGUGAACAUGGAUAUGUGACUCCAUAGUCACCGAAGGCCACUUAACUGCAUGAAGGAAUACUGCUGCAUUCAGAAUUUUAACAAUCAACCAGGAUGUUAGGAGAAUGGCAGCGGUCAGGACACAGUAACAAUAAGAUUAUAUAUGAAGGCCAUGCUCAUAUUGAAGGAGUGAUGAAAGAUGCUGAGCUAAUUAACAUAAAUGCAGCUUUUGACUGAACUGUGCAAAUCCCAGAAACUGCACGCUCUGUACUCCAGUUGCCAAGUACUUUUCUCACAAGGGUGUAAGUUUGCUGUUGUAAAAGCACUCCUCUUGAUAGUAAAUACAUUGUAGAUAAACUGAACCUACUCCUGCAGUAUAAUUGGAAAAAGCUGCAAAUAAAUUGAAAAUGGAGUAAACAUCAUGUGCCCAUGUGUAAUUGGAGUCAUCAAAGUAAACCUGAUCUUUCCACACUUU